CUGGUCUGAAAACAGUUGAAGGGAGGUGUGCAACUGGUGAUUACAAUCGGAUCACACCAGGUUCUUUACUUCUCUUCAACACAUGCCUCUUGCUUGAAGUUCAGGAUGUUAGAGGGUAUAGUUCAUUCUCCGAGAUGCUGCAAGUAGAGACUCUCGCUAGAGUCCUUCCUGGAGUUAAAACUAUUGAAGAAGUGUUUUCAGGUGUGAAAAUCUACCGCAAGUUUUAUACAGAAGAGAAGGAAAAAUCUAAUGGUGUCCUGGCAAUUGCUGUUUCAAAAGUAGCUUCUCAGCCAUAUAUUUCCGUGGCCAACCUACUCUCUGGAUUAAGUUAUGAUGGUGUGGGAAGUCUUCUUGGUAUGACACACACUGUUGGAACAGUUCCAGAUGCCUUACCUCCUCCAAGAUCAUUUUUGAUAUCAUCUUCUAUGAAUCCUCAUAGACCAAAUGUUAAAGGUUGUUCCUUAACUGAUGCGGCAAGGGCAUUGGCAAAACAUGUAAACAGGAGUAGUGAUGGAUGGUGGGGUGACUUUAAUGGAAGUGAUUCGAAAAAGAACAUGCGUGCAUUAGAAGUCAUCAAUCGCUUGUUAAUCAAUUGCUGUUGGAUGAAUGUCCACUUGAUUCAACCUUAUGAUUGUGUCUUUGAGAUACGGGUCCGUGAAGGCUAUGGUGCUCGAUGGUCUAAAUAUGGUUCAAAGUUUAUUGGUUUUUUGGAGCCAUACACAGAAGAAGGCUUUGCGAAGGGUUGGAAACAUUGAAGACUCCUCUCUGUGAUGGUUACUCUUUGGCUAACAACUAGGAGCAAAAUCUGCUGUAGACAUCAGUUCCUCGAGUGCUUUUGAGAUUGUGUGGAUAUACUGUAUAACUGGAUUUGCUUUCUUCAAACAGAAGGUAAAAGCAAAUAGCAGUGAUAAGAUACAUGUGCAUGGACUAUUUGCUCUUACCCCCUAACCACUGGAUAUGGCCCUGUCAAGUCCUGAUGAGUAGAGAAAGUGCCACAUAGGCUGUUUUACGUGUGGAAUGAAAUGUCUAAAGAGUCCAACA